CCUCGAUCCCCUCCCGCUCCCGCGAUUCGGAACCCUAGCCCUCCUCCGCCGCCGCCCACCGCCAUGUCCCUUUUCGCCGCAGCUCGCCGGGGAGCCAUGGGGCUCAUCUCCGGCGCCCGACACGCCUCCGCGCCCUCUUCGUCCGUCAUCCACGCCGCCGCCUCUCUGGACGCCGCGCACGCCCACGCGCGCCGCGCGUGGUCCGACGUCUUCGCGCGCGCUACACCGUCGAUCGGCGCCGCCGAGGCCGAGAUCCGCGCGGCGCAGUACUUCUACGAGCUCGCCGCCCCCUCGCUCGCCCGCGCCUCCGCCUCGGGCGCCUCCCGGGAGGGGAUCAACCUCGCCGUCCGCGCUGCUACGUCUGACCUGAUCGAGGGCUCGUCGUCUGUGCUGCGGGCAUCAAGCAUGCUACGCGGCGCGACCUCCAACAACCUCCGGGAGGCCGCGUCCAACUACUUCGACGCAGCCGCAUACAUGCUGCGCGCUUCCGAGACGCCUGGCGAUAAUGCGAUUUGUCACUUCCGCGCGUCAGCGUUGUCCAUUGGUGCUGCUGAAGCCGCUUUCCGCGCCGCCCUCGUUGCCCUGUCAAGUGAUUACCCGUCACCGAACUCCAGUGGUGAUGACACAGAUCUUAUCCGCAUUAUCAACACUGAGCUCGAAUCUGCCCUGAAGUCUGAUGACCACCGUAAGGUUGAUGUCAUUCUGACAGACUUCCCUUUCAAGAUGUGUGAGAAGGGAUGUGCUGGCCUAACCUUUACCAGGACCUUCCACAAUGAAGAGAUUGAGGUAUUGGUUUCAGUGCCUGACCAUUACAUGUCCGAUACAGAGAAUGAGAAUGAAAAGGGUGAGAAUUCUCCCAAGGCCACAUUUGCUCUCACGGUAACCGUCUCAAAAGGUAAUGCUCUGAGCAUGUUUACAUGCACUGCCUAUCCAAGUGAGAUAGGGGUAAACACGUUGUACAUGAGGUUGACCGCAGGGGAAGAUGAGCAAGAGGAGUAUACGCUAUCUUUUGAGGGCCCGGAAUCAAUCCAGUCACUGCAGAUGCUGUCGCAGAAAUACCUGGAGCUGCGUGGUGUUUCUUUCAUGAACUCUAUCUUCCUGGACCAACUCAUGAGGAACAAGGGUGUCGUUGACAGGAUAUUUUGGUUGGGUAAGCUUAAGGAGUUUGUCAGGCCAUCAAAGUGAACAGGAUCGUCAUGUGCAAACAUGUGAAGCAUUAACUCUUGGAUAAGUUAUGUCGUGUUAGCAUGCCAGUUUUGUAGCUGUACCUCCUAGUACUUGUUGUUUUCGUUUUUUUGGCUUGUGUUGACUAGUUAUUGGUUUUUGAAUUAGUAAGUUUGUCUCAGGAGUCAGGAGUAUGAUAAGUUACUGCUUGAUUGCAUGUUUGGUGUCACUGCAUGAUGGAGUUUGACUAGGGUAGUAGAUGAGAUAAUGAGCAAAUUAAGUAGUAUCAUUGAGUAAUUGAUAAUCUGGUCUAUUAGUUGGGUGGGUCCCUUGCAAUAUAGUGCCUCUGUUUUGGGAUAUAGGGCCUCUGUUUUGGGAUUGAUGUAAAGAAUGAUUCGGGGGACACUUAGUGACAGAUACAUCAGUAGCAGCAAUGUAGGUCAGAAGUAAGUAUUAUGUGCAGUGCGUCACAUUGACAUGGGCUAAGAACAUUAAUCAGAAUACAUAGUAGCUCAUGUCCUUAAUAACCUCUACCGUUAGAGGGUUGUAGGGUUAUAUCACGUACUGAUGGUGAUCAAAGUUGUGCUCUUGCAUUGCAUCAGACUUCCUGUUGUGGUUGCCGAAGCUAAGUAGUGUCUGUGUACACCACCCAGAUGUAAUUCCUUUGUCGACAAGUUGCUUGGUUGUUUUGACAUGGUCUAAUUAUGCAUGCAUGGUUUUGCAUUUCCCUUUUCAUAGAUAGUAGCAUCUUCCCUUCUUCUUUUUUUAUGUUCAAUUGAAAAAGAACAGGAUUACAGCCACACUUCGUGCAUGUUGUCUUGUGAAAAAAAAUACUGAUGGUGAUUUGGGCCCGAGAGAGGAGAUGUUUUUGCAGGGCAGGUGAAGCAAGAAGAAUCUUUUCAUUUCUCUAGGUCUCUUGGGCAACAAAUUCUUCAGGCUGCCGAGUCCCCAGGGAUCAGCUCUGUAGCUCUCUCUUUGGCUCGGUAGGGCCAACAGUUGUGCUCCUUCUACUCAAGCUUUUUCUUUUCUCUCUUUCUCUUGUAUGAAUAAAUGAUAUUCUAGUGUGAUUUCUUUCACAUUCUGCUAUGUUAUCUGAUUCUAAUUGACAGCAUUCUGUAUUUUGCAAGCUCUUUAUCCUGAUAGUUAUGUUUUUGUUCUAA